AAACGGGCAUUGUCCACGAUGGAACAAACAUCAUGCGUUAUCAAUGAAUGUACAUCAAGUCUAUCACAAGCAGCAAAGGGUGUUCUUCCAAAUAACGAUGCAUUAAAAAAGCAAAUCAGAAGAACAAGGAGAGUUGCUCAGUUUGCUCCACCAGCACCAUUGGAUCUGAUUUCAUUAGAAAUACCUGAAAUGUAUCAAACUUAUUCGCCGGAAGAAGGUAUCAAUGAACAAUUUUUAUUAGCUGAAAGAAAUAGUGGUAAAGAAAUUAAUAGAAUUUUAAUAUUUGGAAGACAAACGGGAUUAAAUAUUUUGGAACGUUCCAAGACAUGGUUUGUUGAUAGAACAUUUAGCGUUAGUCCUUCAUUAUUUUCGCAAGUAUACAUUAUUUUGGCAGAAGACGUAGGUGGUAUUCAUCCAAUAAUAUACGCACUAUUACCAAAUAAAAAAGGUGAAACUUAUCGCAAAUUAUUUACAAUGUUGAUCGAUCUAAAUCCUAGAUUAUUACCAGAUUCAAUUUCUAUUGAUUUUGAAAUUGCUGCUAUUAGUGCAAUUAAAGAAACGUUUCCUCAAGUAAACGUACAUGGAUGUUAUUAUCAUUUAACCAAAAAUUUUCGGGAAAAAAUGGGAGACAUAGAAAUGAUAUCAAAUUAUAACAAUGAUGCUAAUUUUUCUGUGAUGGUAAAAAUGAUAAUUUCAUUAGCAUUUGUACCAAUUGAAGAUCUGGACGUGGCAACAGAUUUGCUUGCUGAUGAUUUACAUGACGACAUUGUUCCGUUACUUGAAUGGUUUGAAGAAUAUUAUAUAGGAAGAAAAAAUAGAAGAAAAGAGGGUCGUCGAUCACCACGAUUUCCUCCAGAAAUAUGGAAUUUAUAUCAAAGGGUGUUAACAAACCAAAACCGCACAAAUAAUCACGCUGAAGCUGCUAAUAGGCGUUUAAAUAUUCAAAUGGGGGUUACUAAUCCAACAAUAUGGUCAUUUAUAAAUUGCCUUAAAAAAAUCCAAACAGGAAGAGACGUUUUUUAUGAACAAUUAGUUACUGGUGGAAGUCCACCAAAAAAAAAGAAGAAAUACAUUGAUAAUAACAAAAGAAUUUUAAAAUUAGUGUCUAAUUAUGAUAAAAAUAGAAUUUUAUUAUUUUUAAGAGGCAUUGCAAACAAUGUUUCAUUAGGGUAA